CCUAGACUCGUGUGUGUCAGUAGCAGCAAGUUGCUGUGAGUAUUUUUACUCUCUGUGUGCCGGGCUGUGCUAUGCCAACUCUGUCUCGUCAUGCCGGUGUUUCUGGAGGACCCUUCUCAGUUCUCGAAAGAGAGGUUAAAGUCAGAAUUAAUUGCACACAAUGUUGCUUUGCCUCCGGGUGAAAGUAAGAAACAGGAGUACCUGGAACUCUUCCUGAAAAACGUCGACGCAAAAAACGCUGCAGAUUUCUCCAGCGAUGAGGAGGAAGAACAGCCUGUCCAGGUUGACGGCGAGCAGAGGGCAGAGCAGCCAGACAUGCGGGACCUGAGUGGACUGACCGAUGAGGAUCUCAAAGCAGGACUGCUGCGGCACGGCUUCCAGGCCGGACCCAUCACCGCCACGACGCGGUUGGUGUACGAGAAGAAGCUCAGGAAGCUGAUGGAGCCACCGGCACCGCCCGAGCUCAACGGCUCCGCCGACGAAGCCGCAUACUCAGACAGCGAGGAGGAGGAGGAGGAGGAGGAGGAAGAGGAGGAGGUGGAGGAGGAGCUGCCCGGUCCCAGAGCAGAGGCGGUGGCCAGCGUGGAGACGGAGGCUGCUGCUAGUCAGGUGAAAGGCCGGAACAGAUCAGCGCAGCCCCCUCCAGCCCCCCCGGCCUUCACUGCAGCCCCCCCUCCAGCCCCCCCUGCCUUCACUGCAGCCCCCCCCGCCUUCACUGCAGCCCCCCCUGUGUUCUCCAUGACCCAGCUGGUGGAGGAGAUUGAGAAGAAGCGCUGCUUCAGCCCAAAGACCCAGCUGGUGUCGCUGCAUAGUUGGAGUGGUGAUCGGAGUUCUAGCCCAAAGACCCAGCCGGCGUCGCCACAUAGAUGGAGUGGUGAUCGGAGACCAGAGGCCUGUGGAAGGCGGGUGCUGGAUAAAUUCACGAUGACGGGCCGCUCCCUCCUCUACUCCCCACCCAUGUCAGACCUCCGCCAUCAGAUGAGCUGUCAAGUGCCCGUCACAGAUGUCCUCAUGGAAAUAUUCCCAGAGAUGGAGAAGACGCCAACUGGCAUCUCGGCGACGCGGCGGCGGCCGAUAAAGGGGGCGGCAGGGCGGCCGGUGCAGUUCCAGUACCCCGACGCCCCGUUGAGCCCCGACUCUGCUGAGCAGCAGGAGGUGCAGCGGCGACAGGUGCCUCUGUGGGUGCAGCUGCUGAUCUUCGUCCUGGUGUCCGCGCUCCUCUUCCUCAUCGCCUACGUGGGCCUGGAGGGGGCGCUGGAGAGCCCACUGACCCUGCUGCUGGACGGACUCUCCCAGGCGGCGGCGGCGGCGGCGGGGGAGGAGCUGGAGCUGGCUGCGUCCGGUUUGGAGGACGCGCCCGUGAUGGCUGAUGCUGCGGCGCCCCCUAUCUUGGGGGAGUAGAGGGACCCGACCGCUCCACCUCUCCACCUCUCCACCGCUCCACCUCUCCCUGUGUGUUUUAUACAGUUUUACACCAAUUCAUGUCCUUCCCUCUGUUUAAAGAUGAGAGAUGGAGUCACACUGCCUCACACAGACAGAAAGCAGUCAGCACAUUUUAACUUGUGAAUGAGUUGGACGAUGAAGUUUUAAGACAGAGAAGAAGCACUGCCGUUGGUCGUGUUCCUCCAGAGUGGUCUGCAUUGACCGCAGCGUGAGGAAUCUGUAUACGGCUGGGCCUUUCUUCCGUAUUAUUCGCCUAGAUUAAAAGCUGUGUGUUUGUUUUGGUCCACAGGAGACGGCUUGUUUAAAUCACUAUACGUCUGAAUGUCACGUUGUUCAUUAUUUCGAACCUGUGUGAAGCCUCUUGCCCGGAGGAAAAUCAAGGGGAACAAAAUAGUCAACAUGGUCUUAUUCAACAAUGUAACAGUGGAAGGUUUUGGAUCCUUUACAGAUUUACAUACAUUUUCAGGAAUUUUUUGAUGUUUUUUUUUGUAUGUGUUCAAAUUAUUUUGAUGUUCCUUAAUAAAGUAUUUGCGAAAUA